AUGACGGCGGCGGCGGCGGCGGCGGGUGGCCGGCGGCGGUCAAUGGUCGAUAACGGUGGGUGGCCGGUGGCAGUGGGUGGCCGGAGGCGGUGGGCGGCCGGCGGCGGUGGGUGGGAGGUGGCCGCAACGGCUAUGAUUGGCGGUCGGCGGUCGCAAGAACAGUGGUUGGCGGAGGCAGGUGUGGUCCAAGAACCACUUAUAUCGGGAGGCACCGACACCACGGCGAUCACAUUAACAUGGGCUCUCUCUCUUCUACUCAACAAUCGCCACGUCCUAAAGCAAGCUCAACUAGAACAAGAGUCUCACAUCGGACGAGAAAGGCAAGUGACCGAGUCCGACAUCAAGGACCUAGUAUACCUCCAAGCGAUUGUCAAAGAGACGUUGCGUCUCUAUCCCGCCACGUCCCUCUCCGUGCCCCAUGAGUCCGUCGAGGACUGCACGAUCGGCGGCUACCAUGUCCCCGCAGGCAUGUGGCUCCUGUUCAACAUCUCGAAGCUCCACCGGGACCCAAGGGUGUGGCCCGAUCCUCUUAAGUUCCGGCCCGAGCGAUUCCUGACGACGCACAAGGAUUUAGACGUCCGGGGUCAGAAUUUCGAGUAUCUGCCCUUCAGGAGUGGCAGAAGGAUGUGCCCGGGAGUGACCUUCGCUCUUCAAGUGCUGCACAUUGCGCUCGCCACUUUGCUGCAUAGCUUCGAUAGUGAGACUGUAGUGGAUGGGCCGGUAGAUAUGAGGGCGGGUAUGGGAAUCACUAGCCCUAAAGUUACUCCUCUUGAAGUGAUUCUCACUCCACGCCUUCCUCUUCAUCUAUGUUUAAAUUUAGGAGGAUGAGAUCAUCUUUAUAACAAAAACCAUCCGUCGAAAGUUCUCUAUCCAUCAUCAGCUUCUCAAUUUCGAAGAGGGUGCAUUUGUGUUCUCUUUGAAAACAUGGAAUUAUGUGUGAUGAAUCUUAUGCGUACAAGAUUUCUCUAGCCCCUUCAUGGAAGACAUCAUUAUGCUCGGUCUAAGCAGCAGUUCGAUUGUUAUAAACCCAUGAUUAUUUUUGUAUUUUUCUUGCAAAUACAGAACUCUACAUAAGAAAAAU